UGGAGAACUCGAUUAAAUCCCAUCCAUCCGAUCGCUGGUCAGAGAGGCGCCGACCCGCGACCAGCCCCAUCUCACUCAGUUCUGCAAGUAUCCUGUGCUGCCAUCUACCGGUCUCUAAGAAGCAUAGACCUCCCCCAGUUACAUUUGCUGUGGGGGGGCAGGGGGGGAGGUGGAAAGAGAGAAAAGGGCCCGAGCGCUAAAGUCUCAUACCAAUGGUGGGGGGAGGAGAGUUUGUAAAUUUAAGUGGGAUAACAAAACAUGCGGGAAAAAAAAGCCAUGGGUCAGUCUCUGACCCCCCCCCCGUUGGUAUGCGACUGUAUUAAAUUGCAGACCAUGAGUAAUUCUCUACAUCUGUACAAGGCAAAGGCCCUACUUUUCUCCAACAAUCGUAGUCCCUCCUAACUCCUAAUUCUGUAUCAACAGUUAUAAAUUUCAGACCUCCUUGCUGACCUACCUUAGCAGGUACAGAUCUGACUCCUACUACCUAUCCCUGAACCCAGACCCAUCCGCACAGCGUAAACUUCAGAAAAAAUUUAAUCCCACACACUUGAAACCCCACUGCCCAGACUCUCCCAUUUUCACAGACACCCGAGAUUCCUUGCACUACCUUGCAAACCCUACAGACCUACCCCAUUAGGGCAGACGCUUGCGCCAACCCAGACGUUUCUACAAAAAGGCUGAAGUUCCUCAGGCAGCUCACACCAGUGCGGAAGCGUCAACAUAGCUCCACUGCUCCACUGGAUUCAGAUCCCUCAGACUGGCGCUUUUUUCCUGGCCCUGGUUCCUACCCACGCCCGGAUCAGGUCAGGUUUGGCUAGCAGCCAGCUGGCCGAAGCCCCGCCCCUCUAGACCUGUCAUCACAGAAGCCGCACGUGGCCGGGGUGGGACCUCAGGCGACCUGCAGCCAUCACUUUGUCUCCGCCGUCAUCCAUUGGGGCCGCCGCCGCCAAUCAGAGCCAGCGGAUCCAGGCUGCAGCGCGAUCGCCCGGGGUCCAGCUGAGCCCAGGAGCUGCACGGAAUGGUGGCAGUCAUCUUGCCAGUGCAGCGGGCAUGGACCAGACUGCAAGCUAGGGAAGCAAGGCAUCAGUCAGGAAGAGGGGACACACAGCCAGGCUUGAGGCCUCUUCAUCGGGGCCCCUGCCCCACCAAGCGAAGGCUGCUUCCUGCUGGAGAAGCCCCAGAUGUCAGCUCUGAGGAUGAGGGGCCAGCCCCUCGGAGGCGCCGGGGAACCCUGGGCCACCCUCCUGCUGCCAACAGUUCUGAUGCCAAAGCCACACCCUUCUGGAGCCACCUGUUUCCUGGGCCCAAGGAGCCUGUUUUGGACCCAACAGACUGCAGUCCCAUGGGGCGGAGGCUGAAAGGUACCCGUCGUCUGAAACUAAGCUCCCUUCGAAGUCUCCGGAAGGGACCAGGCCUGCUGAGCCCCCCCAGUGCCUCCCCCAUUCCUACCCCUGCUGUCAGCCGUACCCUGCUGGGCAACUUUGAGGAAUCAUUGCUGCGAGGACGCUUUGCACCAUCUGGCCACAUUGAGGGUUUCACAGCAGAGAUUGGAGCUAGUGGAUCCUACUGCCCCCAGCAUGUCACGCUGCCUGUCACUGUCACCUUCUUUGAUGUUUCUGAGCAAAAUGCCCCGGCCCCCUUCCUGGGCGUCGUGGACCUGAACCCCCUGGGGAGGAAGGGUUACAGUGUGCCCAAAGUGGGCACCGUCCAAGUGACCUUAUUUAACCCCAAUCAGACUGUGGUGAAGAUGUUCCUCGUGACCUUUGACUUCUCCGACAUGCCUGCUGCCCAUAUGACCUUCUUGCGCCAUCGCCUCUUUUUGGUGCCUGUGGGUGAGGAGGGAAAUGCUAGCCCCACCCGCCGCCUCCUCUGCUACUUGCUGCACCUCAGGUUCCGAAGCUCCCGUUCAGGCCGCUUAAGCCUGCAUGGAGAUAUCCGUCUGCUUUUUUCUCGCCGGAGCCUGGAACUGGACACAGGGCUCCCCUAUGAACUGCAGGCUGUGACUGAGGCCCCUCACAAUCCACGUUAUUCACCUUUGCCCUGAUUGCCAGCACUCUGAACCCAUGGGUCAACAACCUGCCCAUCCUGCUCCAUCCUGGACAGAGUACAAAUGUGGAGAGAUGGCAAGAGACCUUUCAGGCUUGAAUUAAAGCCCUAGCCAUGCCCAUGCCCAAAUUGAUUAUUUGGGUGUUUAAAGCUUCUGAUCUUUACCAUACCCUGUCCUACUCCGGUUACUCCAUGUGCCUGUCCCUUCCCUUGGGUUUCCCAGGCCAGCUUAGGUAGGAGGAACCGGAGCUACCCUGAGGUUGUCCCAAGUUCCCAGGCAAGUCAUGCCAGCAUUGCCUCCCUGUCCUGGGCAGGGGACACUUAUUAUUUUAUUUAUUUUUAAUUUAUAAUUUAUUCAAAUUGGAUUGCCUUGGUAACCUCCCAGACAUGAUAAUUGGCAUUGCCCCUCCUCCUUUUCCAUUCUCAGAUAUUGCUCCAACCUCAGAAGUUGAAGAGGCAUAUGAGGGGGCAGGAGGAGAACUUCUCUAUUGCUGAGUACAGAGGGAUUAUUCCAGAAGGACUGAGUCACUAGCCAAAGACUCAGAUUCCCCAGUCCUCCCCCAGUUCCUUCACCUUCCUUACCUUCUGACCCAUCUCUGAAAGCCAAUUUAUGUGUAUGUGUGUGCACACAGCUUGUUUUUGUGUGAUAUGUAUGUGUGAAAGAGAGUGUGCAUGCAUGCACACACACAGGGGUUAACCACCCCUUAUCUAGGGCUCCAGACUCUAGUUGUCCCUUUUGCCUAUGUCUCCUUGCUUUGGGGUCCUGACUGAGGAAGGUGUCUGGGGGCAGAGUCAGGGCCAAGGACUGGGUACCUCCUCUCACCUGGCCAGACUCUGACCCACCUACCUCAGCUGGGGUGAGGAGCACCCCUCAAACUCAGUCAUGUGGUUCCCAACUAUCCCAUUCCCCACUCCAGACUCUGACCCAGCCUCAGCCUUGACUCCUGGGGCUGGGCUGAGGGGAACAAGCAUUUGCUGAAACUUGAAAAAAACAAAACAAAAAAACAGGAAAAUUGUACCUGGUACUUUUUCUAAGAAAAAAAAAUUUUAAAAGAAUGAAAGAAUAAAUUCUUGUUUGGAAACUUGAA